AUGGCACAAAAUGGAACAACUUCAGCGAUCGAUACCACAGGGAAAGUACCUGACGGCAUAGUACUACCUCCAAAGGACAUCCGAGCCAUCGUAGAGAAGACUGCUGGCUAUGUGGCCAGAAAUGGAAUUGUCUUUGAGGAUCGAAUUCGUGAUAAGGAACAAAACAACUCGAAAUUUUCUUUCCUCACUCCCAACGAUGCAUACGCGCCUUUCUACCAGUGGAGGUUAUCAGAAGUAAGGGCUGGUCGCAAUGCAGAUCUGUCUGGGAACAUUGGGAAUGCAGCCGCGGCGCCUGCGAAGCCAAAAGGACCUGAACCACCGCCAGAGUAUUUAUUCAGUGCAAGAAUGCCAAACAUCAGUGCGCUGGAUCUGGAAGUCUUGAAGCUGACAGCACUACAUGUCGCAAGAAAAGGGAAGAGCUGGAUGACCAAUCUGUCGCAGAAAGAGGCUAGGAACUUUCAAUUUGACUUUCUCCGGCCGCAGCAUUCAUUGUACAACUUCUUCCAGCGCAUGGUUGAUCAGUACUCCUUACUACUACAAACAGGACCUGAAGGACAAAAGGCGGAACAAGCAAGGAUACAAGACAUCCAAGCAAAUAUACAGGACAAGUUCAGGACGUUGGAAAAGGCUAAGAAGAGAUCAGAAUACGUAAAGCACCAAGCAAAGCAGAAACAGCAGAAAGAAGAGGCCGAAGAAACAGAACGAAUUGCUUAUGCUCAAGUCGACUGGCACGAUUUUGUUGUCGUUGAGACAGUCCUGUUCACCGAAGCUGACGAGCAAGCCGAGCUACCUCCUCCUACGACCUUGAAUGACCUACAAAGUGCAAGUUUGGAACAAAAGGCCAUGAUGAGUCUUUCGAGACCAGACAUGCGCAUCGAAGAGGCUAUGCCAGAUGAUGAUAUGACCAAUUACACCGCAUACCAGGACAGUUACGAUUCGUCAUACAAUUACCAGCAACCAUAUGGCAAUCCUUAUGUUCCUGUACCUAGUCCAGGCGUACCUCAGCCUUUUGAAGCGCAGCAAAAUUAUGUGCCAUUCACGCCUCCGCCGCAGCCGCAACCAAUACCUAGUCCAGCUCCAUCACAACCCGUACAGCAACAGACUGCUCCAAUGCGUAUACGACAGGAUUAUGUUCCGCGUGCACAACAGAGAACGCAACAAUCCGCACAAUCUUCGAUAUGUCCCAAUUGUCACCAACGUAUACCAAAUUCUGAGCUCGACGAACAUUUGCGUAUCGAACUUCUCGAUCCAAGAUGGCAGGAGCAGCAGAGAAAGAACGCAGAACGAUUUUCGUCGACAGGAAUUGCGGGUAUCGAUGUCGCUUCGAACCUCAAGCGCUUACGUGCACAAGUCGAUGGUGGUACUUCUGACCCCGUUGCAGCUGCAGCGGCUAGAGUUCUCGAUGACGAGGAAGAGCGCAGGAAGAGAAUGAAAGGAACAUCGGGCGACGCUAUAGUCUAUCCUGGACCAUCAGUCGGUGCGGGAGCAGGCAGAGAACAAGGCAAGGGGUUGAGUGUCGAAGAACAGCUCAGUCACAUACGAUCAAGAUAUGGCACGUAG